UAGCUGAAUUCAGCAAUAUACAUAUAACCAUUAGAAAGAAAUAUCAAACUGAGACCUCUUUUAUAAUUACACAAAUUAAAGAAACACAUGUUUAACAUUUACUCUCUAAAUUUACAUACAAAAAUAAUGACAACCACAGCUCAGUUAAAGACUGAAAAAGGGAAAAAAGUCCUAGAAGACAGUAUAACCACAUAUACAUCGUCUCAGUCGAAAUUCUUGGAUACUUUUCCCGAAAACAACAAAUAUGCCAGUGCAGAAAGAGUGAGAGCCGAAUCGUCAAUAAAAAAAGAAGAAAGUGAAGAUGAUAAUUAUAGGAGUAUCCAUUACAUAAAAUAUAAAAGAGCACUGAUUACUUUAACAGAAGACCUCAAGAGGAGCAUUCAUUUGAAUAUUCCUUUAUUACAAACCGACGAGCAGGAUUAUGCAAUCCUUUGGGUUGAGAAGUUAGGCCUGAGCAAUCGGAUCGAGACGAUGAAGCAACAGACCUUGUACUUACAAUUGUUAAAGGAUAACAUAGAGGUGGGAACGUUACAAUUCCCAUUUAAUGCGAACCCGCCACUUGAGCUGAAGGAGUUGAGCCAUUACAUCGAUACGAAAACCUAUUCAGAUUUACUUAAGAAACACAAUUUGUCCGUUCAAAACAUGUUGAAGUUGGAAGUGCAGCACAAAGAAAGCAAAGUACCGGCGAAAGAUUUCUUCUCGAUUCAACCCAAACCAAAGGGUGGCAUUUUUUGUUACGCCGUGGCUUUCAGUGAUUCUAAAAGUGACGAAUAAACACACAUGACAAAAUAAUCAUAUUUGUAAUAACCAAUGUCGUGUGCUAGUCUUAACUUACUGGUACUGAGUACUGUUUGGAUUAACUGAAUAAUACAAAAACAAGCAUUAAAACGUUCUGAUAGACACACCUGAGCAGGUGAUAGACACAUACAUUGAAAUAAAGCUGGAUGGUUUGAAAAAAACAGGUCAAA